AUUAAUGUAUGAUCACAGCUGAUGGUUUGUUGUCAUAUCAAGCUGGAGGACCUUUAGACCCCGGUGGUGGCUGCUGGCUCGCUCCUCACAACUCUCCCUCACUCCUCGUCUCUACCACACUCCUCCACAUUCUGCUCCAUCAACAACACUCGGGCAAGUGGAUGAGUAACAUCUCUGCUUGCAUCAUCAUUGACUUGGUUGAGAACUUGCUGUCUGAUGUCUUCAUGGUAAUAUAACUUCCACAACCUGCUGCCUAUCAAGACAACUUACAGAAUGAGUAUUAGCACAGAACUAACUCCGUCCAAGAAACCAAAGCAUGAAGCCGUGUACAUCACAAGUGGAGAUGAGAAGACAUUUCAAUAUGACGAAGAUCUCCCAUGUUUACCCGUUCCUUCCUUGAAACAAACUCUAGACAGGUACCUUUAUUGGGUGCGGCCACAUGUGACAGAUGAAGAGUUUGAAGUCACCAAAGGUUUAGUGGAGAAAUUUGAAUUGGGCAUUGGAAAGGAGCUUCAGGAAAUGCUUUUAGCUCAUGCUAGCCAGAAGAAAAACUGGGUUGAGGACUGGUGGCUUCAUUAUGCAUACCUGACACUCCGAGAACCCCUGUUGCCUACCAUGAACACUACUGGUCCUCACCCAUUGAAUCUUUCCUUAUGGAAACCUUCAAUAGAAAAUGCUCUAAAAUAUGGUUCGCUGUACCUGUAUGGCUUCUUGGACUUCUACCUGCUUACUCGAGAACAACGUUUAAAACCACAAAAAUCAAACGAGGGCAAACCUUUUAGUAUGAAGCAGUUUAAGUGGUUAUUUAACUGCACAAGAAUUCCAGGUCAGGGUGCUGACAGCCUGUACUCAACUUGGAAAACGAUGGAUGAAGGAGAUUGUCCCAUGCAUCUCGCAGUACUUUGCCAUGGCCAUAUUUGGACAAUGUAUCCUUGGGACUCAGCAGGUAAGCCCAUGUCUGCACCCGAGUUGGAAGUACAAAUAAGACACAUUCGUGAAACAAGUGACGACUUAGGCCCUGGACCCGGCCUCAGUGUUCUGACAUGCGACACCAGGGAAAGUUGGGCUCAGAAUCGUGAUUGGCUGAAGUCGCUGAGCAUAAACAACAUGAAGAAUUUAGAGCACAUUGAAAGCUCCAGUUUUGUUUUUGUUUUGGAUGACACUGCUCCAGAAAACUUUGAUCAGCUCGUUUGGGAGGGCCUUUGUGGAGAUACAACAAACCGCUGGGCAGACAAAAGUCUUUCUGCGAUAUUGACGAGGAAUGGGUAUGGAGUAAUGAACAACGACCACACUCCAUAUGAUGCAAUGGUCACAAUUAUGGUGGCCCAUUACCAACACUUGAUGCUGGAAGAAACGAAUGGCAAAUGGACAGGACCAACAGAAGUUCGAGAUUUUCCCAUGCCCUCUUUAUUGCAUUUUGACCUGGAUGCCAAGCUUUUAGCAGCUAUUUCAACUGCUAAAGAAAUAAGUUUGUCAUAUGUCAACAAUGUUUGUGCCAAGCCCUUAAUUUUCACUGAAUAUGGAAGAGAUUUUAUGAAGCCCCAUAAGCUACAUCCAGAUGCUUUUAUUCAAAUGUCCAUUCAACUGGCUUACCACCGUCUGCAUGGCAAGCCAGCACCUACAUACGAGACAGCAACUACUCGUCAGUUUUAUGCUGGCCGUACAGAAACCAUGCGUUCUUGUACACAGGAAUCCGUUUCUUGGGUACAAUCAAUGUUGAACCCCAAAGCAACGGCAGCUGAAAAGCGUCGCAAGCUGAUUAUUGCUGUGGAUACUCAUGUCCAGCUAAUGAGACAAUGCCAGAAAAAUGAGGGUGUUGACAGACACUUGUUUGGACUCUAUAUUGUGGCCUUAGAAUCUGGCAUGGAUAUUCCAGAUCUAUUUUUGGAUCCAUCUUUUACCAAGAGUGGUGGUGGUGGCAACUACAUACUGUCGACUAGUACUGUAGGAUUCACCCCCGUUUUUGGAGGUGUGGCUGCUAUGGUUCCUCAUGGCUAUGGUUGUUUCUAUAGUAUGCUUCCAGACAGGCUGAAUUUCUUCAUCAGCUGUUUCAAGUCAUCAGAGGAGACCAGUGUGGAGGCUUUUAUGGAAGCUCUUGACACAUCCCUGUGUGAUAUGAGACAUGUGUUGACCACACCUAGUGCAAGUCUCUAGUAUAAAAGCUACGGUUUUAUUUGUUUAGUUUUAGUUUUCAUGCUUCUGUUAUUUUAUAUAUUUUUACUAAUAUUGUUUUAUUUUUCACAUUUUGUUUUAUAAUAUUCUGGUUAAGUUUAAGAGAUGAUAGAUGUUACAUAUUGUUAUACUACAAUAGUACCAGUAUUAUGACUUUUAACUUGUUGUAAAUAUUCUGACUAUUUCUAUCACAUAAAUUUGGUAAGUGA